AUGUCUCGCCGCGCGACCCCGUCUCAGGCUGCUCAGAACCAGCAGACCAUCAAGAACCUGCUGAAACUCGAUUACAACAAGACAUGUGCCGACUGCAAGCGCAAUAAGCACCCACGAUGGGCCUCCUGGAACCUUGGAAUCUUCAUUUGCAUCCGAUGCUCCGGUAUUCAUCGGGGCAUGGGUACCCAUAUCAGUCGUGUGAAGUCCGUGGAUCUCGACUCGUGGACCGAUGAACAACUCCAGAGUGUUUUGCGCUGGGGCAAUGCUAGAGCCAACAAAUAUUGGGAGGCGAAGCUGGCCCCGGGCCAUGUUCCGUCGGAAGCAAAGAUUGAGAAUUUCAUCCGAACCAAAUACGAAUCCAAGCGGUGGGUGAUGGACGGAGGGAUGCCCGAUCCCUCUACUUUGGAUAUCGGCGAUGACGACGUUCCGCUUGCGGUUGUCCAGGAAAAGGCAAAACUCGAACGUUCCGCAUCCCAGCGAGUCGCCACAGCGAGUCAGCCCCCCGCGACCCAGCGCCGCCAACAGCCGUCCAUCGAUCUCUUCGGCGAUGACGAUAUUUCUCCCCCAGUUCGCCCGAGCACUACGGAACCUACCGCCCGCACUGCACCGCCCAAGCAGCCCCAGUCGGCGCCCAAGCCGACCCGUCCUGGAGACUCGUUGCUUGGGCUUGAUUUCUUUGGCAGCGCUCCCCCGGCGCCUUCCAGUCGCCCAGCGAGCACCGUGUCGACUCCUGGCGCUCCAACGGGAAUGUCUAGACCUGAUCUGAAACAGUCUAUUCUGUCCCUUUACUCGAAGCCACAACCAGCUCCGGUCCAGCAUGAGCGGACUCCGUCAUUCGGAGACUUGGCAUCUCCUACCCCCCAGUCGGCAUCGUCUUCCAAUAUGGGUGGUCUUACCGACGCUUUCAGUGGCUUGAGCUUCCCGUCGACCACUUCCCCGCCGCCCUCCAAGCCGGCCGAAAAGCCAUCGCCGUUUGCCAACCUGACGAGUUUCGCAACCACAAAGUCCACACCUGCAGCGCCCAAAGUUUCCUCGCCGACUGCGUCUGCUAGCAGUGGUAUCGGCGGCGGUGGUCUAUUUGAGAGCCUUACGUCUCCUACGAUCCCCGCAGCCAAACCACAAUCGCGUACGACAUCGAUAUCCUCCAACGGGUUCGAUUCGGGAUUCACCGGUUUUGCAUCUCCACCGCCCACUAAGCCGAACCCGCCCCCUUCGUCGUCAAUGUCCAACGACUUGUUCGGCCUUUCAUCUCCUCCUCUUUCUACAACCAAGACCUCUCCACCGCCACCGCCAAUGGCAACGUCUCCCCAACAGGAGUUGAAGUCAGCAUUCAAUUUGAGCAGCCCUGCACCCCCGGAACCCAAGCCCAGCGUCGCCACAUCCACGGCCUCUGUUGCGAGCGCGCUUCCCGCGAGCAUAGAUCCUUGGGGUGGUAAUGCAUGGAGCACACCGGACCCUGCUCCUGCCGCGCCCCCGUCUUCUUCCAUGAUGAAGGUUCCUGACACCUUGACUGCCAAUGAUAUUGGUGGCGGCUGGGGCAGUACCGGCCCUAAGCCCGCACCUGCUGUGACUGCAGACGAAGACUUUGGAGGUUGGGCCAGUGCGGCACCGGUCCCUUCGACGGCAACCACCACCACGAGUACCACGGGCGUUUCGACUAAACCGGCUGGCGGGUUUGGCGGGGCUGAUGACUUAUUUUCUAAUGUUUGGGAGUAG